AUGUACUUGAAGGUACUUCUUCAGGAAAUAUGGCGCUCCGGCAUCGAUUGGGAUGAGCACAUAGAGAAGCAACAUUACACUAAAUGGCGGCACUGGCUCAGUUUUUUGCGAAGACUGGAAACCGUAUCUAUUCCCCGUUGUUAUCGAAGAGCCGUGACAGAUCGUGAAUUCUGCGAAGUUCAAUUGCACGAUGCGAGCGAGAACGGCUAUGCAGCCGUUGCAUACUUCCGGUGUCAGGAGAAAGAAAACAUCGAGUGCGCCCUUAUAACGUCAAAAACUCGUGUUGCCCCAUUACGUCUCGAUACCCCGUCUAGAGCUCCAAGCAGCUGUAAUCGAAUUGAGACUGGCUAA